UGUAGAUAGAAAGUUGAUGAACAUUUAAAUAUUCUGCAUAUUGUUAUCCCACUACACACAUAAGAGGUUUAAUAUAUUAACUAAUUGCAAUCAAAAUGCACUUUUACAUUAUACUUCUUACGACAUUAGUGGUAGGCUGCAACGCCAAAAAUGAGUUAAUAAAAAAUGACAUCGAAGAUGAUUCCACUUUGACUACACCGGAACUUAUUGCGAAAUAUAAAUAUCCUAUUGAAAAUCAUUACGUAGAGACCUCAGAUGGUUACAUUUUAAACCUUCAUAGAAUUCCUAAUUAUGGUAAAAAAGAGGCUACCCGUAAAGAAUUACCAGUCUAUCUGCAGCAUGGUAUUGAAUGUUCUUCUGCUGAUUGGGUAACUCCUGGUCCAAAAAAAGGAUUGCCUUAUUUAUUGGCUGAUCGUGGAUACGAUGUUUGGCUUGGUAACAAUAGAGGAAAUCGGUACUCCAGAAACCAUACGACUUUAGAUCCGAAACGUGAUGCGAAAAAUUUUUGGAACUUUUCCUGGCACGAGAUUGGUAUGAUCGACGUUCCAGAAAUGAUUGACUAUAUUUUGAGUGUCACCAAUAAAACCAGUUUAUAUCAUAUUGGUCACUCGCAGGGAACCACCACUUAUUACGUAAUGUGCUCAGAGCGGCCUGAAUACAAUACUAAAGUCGAAGCUCACAUAAGUUUGGCACCUAUUGGUUACAUGAAUCAUGCAGUCUCACCAGUCAUUAGAUUUGCAGCUCUAUUUCAAAAAUUGCUUCAGGUUUUAAUAAAAUUAUUCAGAAGUUACGAAUUAUUACCCCAAGGAAAUCUGUUGAAUUUGUAUUUGAAAAAUAACUGCAAGCCUGGAAAAUUGCAAUUCAUAUGUAGCGACUUUCUAUUUAUGAUAUUUGGAUUUGGCAAGGACCAACUGAAUACUACUUUGUUGCCUGUAGUUUUGAAUCAUUUCCCAGCAGGUUCAUCCAGCAAGCAAGCCAUUCACUAUAUGCAAGAAAUGAAUUCAGGUAAAUUCCGUCAAUACGAUUACGGAUUAAUCAAAAACAAAAUAAAGUAUAAUAGUAUAACUCCACCGAAUUAUAAAUUGGAAAAUAUUUCUAGCAAAGUUUACUUAUUCUGGAGUAAAAACGAUUGGUUGUCGCAUGAAAAGGAUGUGAAAAGGUUAGCAGAGAGGUUGCCAAACUCUGAAGAGAUAUUGAUAAAUAAUCCGAAAUGGACUCACUUGGAUUAUCUGUGGGGAAUAGACGUCGUACCUAUGGUUUACGACAUUGUGUUUGAAAAAUUAGAGCAGCAUUAAAUGUAUUGUGCAAUUUGUUUACUUUCCUUGCAAAAAAAUAAAUAAAUAGUUAAUGAUAAUGUUAAAAUUAAGAAUUUAAAAAUAAA